AUGCAAAACCAAUUCCAAUAGUUCCUCACUAUUAUGGCCUCAAGAGAAGAAGUUAUCUUUAUGAUUCGAAUCUUAACUCACUAAACUCUUGAAGAUGGAAGAAAUCUCAGGGAAUAUUAAUAUGAAAUCAUGAGAGGAGAGAGGAAAAGAGAAGAACUAGAAAAUUAAGUGUAUGAAUAGUGUUUUAUAGGGAUUGAUAGUUAUGCGGCUAUAGAUGAAUCUACGGACAGAAAAGCAUUCCUUCCCAAAGUAGUGUAGAAGUUUAACAAACUACUAACCUAUUAUUCCAAUAAAACAAAGAUCUACUUCCCUAAAUAAGGAUAAUAAAUCGGAUAGGAGAACAUGAGUCAACCAAAUCUAAGGAAUGUUAUAAUGCGCAUGUAACAUGAGAGCUUAGUUACCAUCCUUAAAUACUUAGCUAGCUAGUAGAAAAUGAGAAUGAAGCUAGAACUCAAUCGGGCAUAGUAUAUGGAAAAAGAAGAGAGGUGUAAUCGUAAUGAGAAGUUCUUUUCCGAACCUCUGCUCACCGGAAACUUUGGUAUGAAUUACAUCAACAAAUUACAUCAGAAAUAUUAUUUCUUUGCAUCAUAACGCAAUUGGAAGAAUGUUUAUGAUGUUCUCAUAUUGGAUGACAAUACAAAAUAGAUGUACUUAUAAGGAGCAGGCUUCAAGAGUGUGAUUGCCAGCAUUAAUAAAUAAAAGAAGACUACUGAUGCCCCUUAGGUAUAUAUCCCCAUAGAAACAACUCAAGAAAUCAUUACUACCAGAUAUGAGAAGUUGCUCAAGGAUCUCAUGGAUAUGAAUCAUCAUGUUUCAAAAUCUAUCAUGAAAUACAAUGAAUUGCAUCAACGCAGAAAAAAGAAUAAGGAGUCAUAAAAUAGGAUCAAAAUAACUACAACCAGACACUCAUAAUAGGUUCAGAUGCUUAAUUUAAGUGACUUUGAUAUAGUAGAACACGAUAACUCAAAACACAGUUGUCAUGCAUGCAGUCACCAUCUGAACCUCACUUUAGAUAACAUGAGUUUCUUUUAAGUUUACGCCAACCUGUUAAUUCAGGUCGUCUGA